AUUGGACCGACGGUCCGGUAGCCCAAAAGUUUCUCCUCUCAUUCAGUCCUCUGUUUAACCGGAAAAGCUCGCCGUCCUCUUCCUUUUCAUCUCUCCCUCGGUCGCCUUCGAUGGCGAAACCUUCCGUCUCUAAUGCCAGCGCUCCGGCCACCGGCCACUCACCUGGAAAAUCAACCGUCGCUCCGGUGAAGCUCGAAUCCGUUUCAGAAUCACCGCCGCAGUGCCAAUUGCAACCUCCGAAUCCUCAUGGCAAAUCCGAGCAGGUCGAAUUGAAUGGCCUCCCAAUUGUUACAUCGCCACCGCAGCAACCCGAGCAGCGCACCAGGUCCCGGGUUUUGGAAUCAGUACAAGGAUUGUGCAAUCUAUCUUCCGCCAUUCGAGAAUUCAAGAGCAGGUUCGACGAAUUGGAGAAGCACCUCGAAUUGAUCCAAACUGCUAUCGAGAGUCGCGAGCAGCCACAUGGUGACGGCGAAGCAGCGGCCGUUCCGGUGAGUUCUGAGUUACUGCAUCUCUGCGAGACGAUGUGCGGCAAAAGUCUCCGAAAGUAUAUCAUCACUCGCCUGGACAACGUCCAGGAGCUUCGCGAACAGGUUCCGUCGGCUCUUAAAUCAGCUCCCCAACCGGCCAGGCUGGUGUUGGAUUGCAUUGGGAGGUUCUAUCUCCAAGGAAGCAAAGCUUACGCGAAAAACUCUCCAAUGGUUUCAGGGAGAGAAGCCUGCGUUCUGGCUCUGGAAUUGUUCCUGUUGAUGGGUGAUGGCGAAGUUCAACUAGAGGAGCGUGUGAGACAAGAGGCUGCUCAGGCUGCUAUGAACUGGAGGAAGAGGCUUGUAAUUGAAGGUGGCAUAGGCAAAGCUAGUGAAAUCGACGCCAAGGGUUUGCUGCUGUUCGUUGCGGGUUACGGGAUUCCCAAACUGUUCAGAAAUGAGGACAUUUGGGAUCUGGUUCUGGCUGGUAAUGCUGGGCAGGUUGCUCUGGCUCUUCGAAAGUCCACUCCACUGGUUCCCAGAGUUACAGAAAUCAUAGAGCAUAUGAUGACCAGUGCGACAAAACAAAAUGGCAAACUCGAGGCUGUCGACGUGGCAUCUAGUUUCGGGAUUGAUGACAAGUUUCCUCCUCAGAAGCUUCUGACUGCAUACCUUCGGGAAUCCAAAGAAGCACUAAAGAAGAGAAGAAGAGAAGCAAAUAGUUUGCCCAUGCUGCUGAAACAAGCAAACGACCGCCACUUGUCUGCUCUGAAAUCCGUGAUGAAGUUCCUCGAGGACCGUCAUCUCGAUCCUCUGAAAGUUAUUCCCGGAUGGCAACUUACAGAGAAGAUAACCAAGUUGGAGAAAGACAAUGCUGAUCUAGACAAGAAAAUUCUGGCCAAGGCGAUGAUUAAGCGGAGAGCUGAUUUGAACGAUAACGCAAUGAAUCAAGCAAUGAAACGACCACGAGCGGUUGGCCAAGGAGCCUCCUUUGGAUCCCCAAGCAUUGGAGGCUUGCAUGAACAUAAGGCUGCAGCCACCUACAUGAGCCCGUACAACAAUAACAAUACCUCAUUGAGGGCAAACUAUCCCCUCGGUGCUUACGGAGAAGAUACAUAUCCUUGUGCAACAUCAGCUCCUCCUCCUUACUCAUCUGCAGGUGCACCUGAAAACAUCGUAAUGCAUCCUGGUGCAGUCAGUCGUCUUCAGGGCGUGUACAAUGCCCCCUCCACGAGUUCUUCUGCUGGAAACGUAGCAUCUGGCCUUCGGCGGGAGGCAGUGGUUGCGAACAACAGCAGCUUGGCGUACGGAGUACAAGGUGGGCAGAGUUAUGUUAGCGGACAUGCUACGACGUAUGGAGGACUGUUUGGGUCGUCGUCUUCGAUAGAUGGGUUUCCUGGGCUGCCGAAUUCGACACCACCAGGCGUUGUUGCUGCCGCCGCGGCCAAUCCAGCAGACUUGUAUCGAUUUGCAGAUUCUGUGGUGGAAACCGAGUAUGACAGCAGGGGUGGGUGGUGCCGUAGGUAGCCAGACGAUUAACGUUGAAGGUUGUACUUUUCUACAUGCCUUGGCUAUGUAAUGUUAGUGCAGGGCGCAAUCUGCAUAUAGUGUCCUAAACAGUAAUAUUAUUUCUUUUUCCCCCAGAUUGAAUCAAUGAUCUGAUGAAGGAAACGCAUGAUUGUAAAGCCCAUUCGCCACAAGGAUGCAGCACUGAUCACUUUCUGGCUUGUCUCUUGAGGCCUCAUUGUUGUCAUAAAAAUAAAAGCUUUGGUUUGCUAUUCAUUAGGAGAUUAUAACAGAUCAGUUGCAUUAAUAUAAAGCAG